GACGCCGGCGUGCGCCGGCGUGACGCGGCCCCGCGGGAUGGGCAGGGCCGAGGCCGAGGAGGCGACGGCGGCGGCGGCUGGGCGAGCGAGAGACUGCGGCCGGACGACGGCCCUCCGACCCUACCGCCAUGAGCACCAAGCAGGUCACUUGCAGGUACUUCAUGCACGGCGUGUGUCGGGAAGGAAGCCAGUGCCUGUUCUCGCACGACCUGGCCAACAGCAAGCCAUCCACCGUCUGCAGAUACUACCAGAAGGGCUGCUGCGCCUACGGGACGCGUUGCAGGUAUGAUCACACGAGGCCCUCUGCUGCGGCUGGUGGGGCCGUGGGCAGCGUGCCCCACGGGGUGCCCUCCCCAGGUUUCCACAGCCCUCGCCCUCCUUCUGAACUCACCGCAUCAAUCCUGAGAACUAACCUACAUGAGCCCGGGAAACGUGAAAAGAGGACGUUGGUGCUGAGAGACCGAAAUCUCUCUGGCAUGGCUGAAGACAAGACCUGCCCAGGCGGGGGGAGUAGUCCCGGGGGCUGCAGUGACGCGCAGAGCGGCCCCGAGCUGAAGCCACACUCCUACCUGGACGCCAUCAGGAGCGGCCUGGACGACCUGGAGGCCAGCAGCUCCUACAGCGGUGGGCAGCAGCUGUGCCCCUACGCAGCCGCCGGGGAGUGCCGCUUUGGGGACGCGUGUGUCUACCUGCACGGGGACGUGUGCGAGAUCUGUAGAUUACGCGUCCUGCACCCCUUCGACCCAGAGCAGAGGAAAGCUCACGAGAAGGUUUGCAUGUCAACAUUCGAACAUGAGAUGGAGAAGGCCUUCGCCUUCCAGGCGAGCCAGGACAAAGUCUGCAGCAUCUGCAUGGAGGUGAUCCUGGAGAAGGCGUCGGCCUCGGAGCGGAGGUUUGGGAUCCUUUCCAGCUGCAACCACACGUACUGCCUGUCCUGCAUCCGGCAGUGGCGGUGCGCCAAGCAGUUUGAGAACCCCAUCAUCAAGUCUUGUCCGGAGUGCCGCGUGAUAUCAGAGUUUGUAAUUCCAAGUGUGUACUGGGUAGAAGAUCAGAACAAAAAGAACGAGCUGAUUGAAGCUUUCAAACAGGGGAUGGGGAAAAAAGCUUGUAAAUACUUUGAGCAAGGCAAAGGGACCUGUCCAUUUGGAGGCAAAUGCCUUUACCGUCACGCUUACCCUGACGGGCGGCUGGCAGAGCCUGAGAAACCACGGAAACAGCUCAGCUCCGAAGGCACCGUGCGGUUCUUUAACUCCGUGCGGCUCUGGGAUUUCAUCGAAAGCCGAGAGAGCCAGCACGCCCCCAGCACUGACGACGUGGACAUGACGGAGCUCGGGGACCUCUUCAUGCACCUGUCCGGGGUGGAGCCGUCCGAGACCUGAAGAGCGGCCAAGCCUCCUGCCGCUGGGGGCGGCAAGCGGCACCCAGGGUGGCCCGGGGCGGCGGGGGCCGGAGCCAGUGGGGCUGCACUCCUCUGGGUCUCAGCCCCUCGUUAUUCCAGCCGUGGGAAGAGUGAAGGAUAUAAAAUAACCUAACAGUAGACGGGGUUCUGCGUCUCUAGUUGCUAUUGUAGUCGCCCCUCCACUCCUCAGAGGACCCGGCCUGGCCCUGUCUGUGGCUCGGGCUCCAUGGACAGCCAGCGUGCGGCGCCCCCGCAGCAGCAGGCACGCUGAGGGGAGACCCCUUUGGGGGUCAGAGGGCUCUGGCGUAGCGAGCACCCCAGCACCUGGCUAGGUGCAGAACAGCGUGGGUGCCGCACACCUUCCUUCCCUGGCACGCAGCUUGCCUUAGGCCUCUCCAGUGCCCCCAGGCAGGGCAAGAGCAUUGUGGCUGACGUUCCUCUGAGGGGGGCUCCUGAAGCAGCAGGGGGCAGAGCAGAUACGGCCCCCCGUGCAGGGUUUGUUUGAGGGUCACCAGGCAGAUGACAGCCUUACCCGGAUGCCCCAGGGACACGCCCCUGGCUGUUACCUGCUGACUUGUGACCCAAGGGUCCCUGUGCACUCUCUCCUCUGUAAACUGGCUUUGAUUUGAAGUUUCAUACAAAUUUAACAGCACCUAAGAACAGUUUCUAGUUCUGACCCAGCAGUGGUCCUGAGAAAAAACCGACUACAAGUCUCUCAUCACUUGUGAUUUUAAGAGCUUAAAAUACUAUCAAUCCCAACUCACCCCAAGCCUGAAUUAUCUAUUUUUAUAGACAUCUGUAGAUACCAGAUAUUUUAUAAAAUGUAUUAAAGUAUGGGUAGAAGAAGGUCUACUCUUUACCUGA